AGAGGGAUUUAUAUCAAAGAAGAGGUUUGAUUUUAAGGAUGUAUGUCAUGUUUAUUUUCGUCUUAUCGCUUGGUUUCGCGAGCACAGUUUACGGACAAGAACAAUUGCCUUCAACAAAUGACAUCAUGAUCUCCCGAAACCUACAGCAGCAGGAACAGGGCUCCAAUAUCUUGAGUGGUGACACAGAGUCGAUAAGUGCCGGGGGACUACAGGUGGUUUAUAAUGAUGAGUUGAGGGCUAUUAUGGAUGAGUACAAUAUUACUGUGGAAGACAUACGCCGUAUGCUAGAGGUAUAUGCAAAGGGAGGUAAUGCAGAAAUAACCAGGACAAGAAUGAAUCCGGAUACAGGACUUCAAGAGAUAAUAACCCUCGACUUUGAGCAGUUUACAAGUCCUAGAAAAGAUGGAAUCUCAGACUCUACGGUACCUCCUACAGAGAUCCCACCUCCUGGACAAACACCCGAUAGUCAGACAACUAAAGAAAACCUACUCAGAAACACAUUGGCGGAUCUUAGAGGAGCGGAGGCAUACCUACGAGAGCGGAUUAAAGAUCUGGACGCACAAUUACCAGCUUUGAACAUUGCAUAUCGUCAAGGACAUAUAUCAUUACUUACUAGAAAUCAAAACGCCAUAGAAAACAGAAAAGAGCGCCGAAAGACCGAAAGAGAGCUUAGAACAAUCCUAAAGGAGAUAGAGCGGUUAACAAUGGAAGAAAGAAGAAGACAAACAUUGAACCGAAAUAUUGAUAACAGGGAGCCGACGUCAGAUUUGGAGAGAGAAAUACAAGUUAUGGAGGAACAAAAUAAAAUUUUAGCAGAAAUACUUAGGAGUAUGCCUGACACACCUAAAUUACCCAGAGAUAAGCAACCCAGAUCCGGAUCCGAUCAGUCUCCUGCUGGACGUCCCUCAACUACUUCCGGUGUCGUCGGAGGCACUGAGCCUUCUUAUGAAGCACUAAGACAAGAGGUUCUAAGAAAGAGAGCCAGAGAACUGUACUUACUCAGGCAACUAAGAAUAUUAUCUGGUAGAUUUUCUACCUUGUCUGGAAGGCGUGGCUUUCCUGUUACCAGAAAUACACUAAUAAGACGACAGCCAAUCAGAAGGCAGAUAAAUUUUAAUCGCCCACUCCAGCGUACUAACCGACGAAUGUUAACCGGAAGUGUGACCGGGGGAAACAUGAGUAUGAUUCCAAGAAGGCGAAUCAUGUGAUUUUACAAUUAUGCAGGCAACAAAAAUUAUCCGGAAAACAGACCUAUAUAGAUGUCGAACAAUUAUCCAGACAAGAAAUAAUUAUCCAGACAACAAGUAAUUAUCAUGACAAUAAACAAUAUCAAGACAACAAACAAUUGUCCAGAAAACGAACAAUUAUCCAGACAACUAACACUUAUCCAGACAACAAACAACAAACAAUUAUUCAGAUUUCAAGUAUAUACAAUUUUCAAGACUCAUCCUUAUGACAUUGCUUAUCUAUAUUAAAAAAAAACUGUGUAAUAAAAAAAAAAUAAAUUCAGUUGAACAUAAAUAAUAACAAUUGUACUUCAGUGAAAAUUCAAAAUAAAGAAGAUCAUGUACAUGUAAGGUCCCAGUCAGUAAAACUCAUAAUUACUGGACAUGAAAAUAAAAUCUGUGAAUUUUUGAGCAAAAAUAUGCAAAGAAUUAAUAAAUAUGUGUUUAAUUUUAAAACAAUUUGGUAAAACUAUCUACUAA